GCGAUCAUUACGAAACUUGGCGCACUUAUCGCUCAUUAUAUCUGUUCUGUGACUGAUUGCUUCUCUUCAUUUUCAACGGAAUUUCACAAAUAUUUUAACUCAUACUAAUGAUGCGAUCGGAGCCAAAGCUACCGACAGUUGAUCGUAUUGUCACAAGUAUACCUCCUCCUCCGAGCAAAUUAAUGCCUUCAAGUACAGUUUUCGAUUCUAAAGGACGUCCUCAACUGGAUGUUAUUGGACCGCAUUUAAUAGCAGAAGGUCGAUUAACAGAAGAAGCAAUUUUGCGGAUUAUCAGUGAUACAUCAGCUAUACUAAAAUCAGAAAAAACUAUGCUUGAUUUAGAAGCUCCAAUAACAAUUUGUGGAGAUAUACAUGGUCAGUUCUACGAUUUAAUGAAAUUAUUCGAAGUUGGCGGUCCACCUGAAACAACCCGAUAUCUAUUUCUUGGCGAUUAUGUCGAUCGAGGUUAUUUUAGUUUAGAGUGUGUUAUCUACUUAUUCAGUUUAAAGAUUCUACAUCCUCGUAGUCUAUUUCUUCUACGUGGUAAUCAUGAAUGUCGUCAUUUAACACAGUAUUUCACAUUUAGACAAGAAUGUAUCAUGAAGAGUACAGAACGUGUUUAUGAAGCUUGUAUGGAAGCAUUCGACUGUUUGCCUUUAGCUGCAUUAAUUAAUCAACAGUUUUUAUGUGUACAUGGUGGCCUAUCUCCUGAAUUGCAUACACUGAAUGAUAUUCGAAAGUUGGAUAGAUUUAAAGAACCUCCAGCAUUCGGUGCAAUGUGUGAUUUAUUAUGGGCUGAUCCAUGUGAAGAUUUUGGUCAAGAAAGAAAUUCAGAACAUUUUAGUCAUAAUACUGUUCGUGGAUGUUCAUAUUUUUACAGUUUUAAUGCAUGCUGUCAUUUCUUACAAGCUAAUAAUUUACUAUCGAUUAUACGUGCUCAUGAAGCUCAAGAUGCCGGUUAUCGUAUGUACAGAAAGAGCAGACAAACUGGCUUUCCUGCACUGAUCACAAUUUUCUCAGCACCAAACUAUUUAGAUGUGUACAAUAAUAAAGCUGCUAUAUUAAAGUAUGAAAAUAAUGUAAUGAAUAUUCGACAGUUCAAUUGUUCACCGCAUCCAUACUGGUUGCCUAAUUUUAUGGAUGUAUUCACUUGGUCGUUACCAUUUGUUGGUGAAAAAGUUACUGAAAUGUUGGUCAAUGUACUCAAUAUCUGUUCAGAUGACGAACUGUUAUCUGAUACACCAGAAGAUGAAUCACAAAUCACUGCACGAAAAGACGUGAUACGGAAUAAGAUUCGAGCUAUUGGCAAAAUGGCACGUGUGUUUACUGUAUUGAGAGAGGAAAGUGAAACUAUUCUUGAAUUGAAAGGACUCACACCGACUGGAAUGCUUCCAUUGGGUGCACUAGCAGGUGGUCGAGAAGCCAUCAAAGCUGUAUCUGGAACAUGGACACCUCAUAAAAUUCAAUGUUUUGAAGAAGCAAAAGCCUUUGAUAAAGUGAAUGAAAGAAUGCCACCACAUUUAGAUAUGAAUUCUAAACGACAAUGGCCAUCAUCGUAUACAUCGAAUACACCGAGUAGUGAUGGGAUAGAUACUAAAAAUUCUGAUUCACAUGUUACAACAACUACUACUAGUAGUGAUAAUCAUUCUGGUGUUGCUGCUGAUACUGAUGACACCAAUGUAAUGCUAUCGUUGAGUUCACAGAAAGCGAUGCCAAGACCACCGUCGAUCUGUGAAGAACGUUCCUCAGACGAUGAUGAUGACCAUCAUAACAUUGAUAAGAAUAAUAGUUUAAAGGAUAUGAGUAUGAGUAGUCAGUCAAAUAGAACAAUAAAUUCUGAUUCAAGUAAAUUUAUUAAAGGUGAUGGAUAUAAUAAUACAUCAUCGAUUAGUUCAAGAAUAUCCACAUCAACAGUAACGACAGUAACAGCAACAACAACAACGGGAACAUCAUCAUCGCCUAGUAAAGUGCCAAGUGCUUCCAUUCCAUCUCCUGUCGCUGGAUCUAGUUCAUCGUCUACAACUACUACUAAAUAAACUCGCGUACACAAGCAUGCACACACACACACACAGAAAGACAGACACUUACAUACAUACACAUACGUACAUACAUGCAUACACAAAUGUAUUAUGCCAUUUUUUCUCUUUUCAUUUGGUUUCCUUUCCUUUAAAAAUAUUUUUACUCUCUGUCCUUCUCUCUCUGUCUCUGUCUUUUGGGUGAUAUUGCUUGUCUGUUAUAUGAAUGUAUUUGAUAAUAUACAUAUAAUAUGCAUAUAUAUAUAUACACAUACGUAUACAUAUAUAUAUAUAUAUAUAUGUGUAGAAAAUUUUACCUCACAAAUGUUUUUCUCAUGUAUUUCCUCCAAGAUGAUGAUGUUGAUGCUGACGCCGAUGCUGAUGAUGUUACCCCUUGUCUUUACCCUUGUCCCUGCCUCCCCCUCCCCCGCCCCAUACGACCU